CUGUAAAAUAUUUAUCUGAAAAGUAAGUAAGUAAAAACAAUAGUGAAGUAAAAGUACAAUACACAACAUGCAUCUGAAAUUUGGUUGAGUAGAAAUAUUAAGUAGCAUAAAAUGGAAACACUCAAGUAAAGUGCAAGUACCUCAAAAUUGCACUUCAGUACAGUACUUGAGUAAAUGUACUUAGUUACAUCCCACCACUGGCUUUAAUUAAAUGGUUUAAAAUGACGUAUCUAUCUAUCUAUCUGAGUCAUCUGCAUUAUGCUAAUGAGUCAAACACUAAUUGUUAGUCAGCCCUAUAGAAGCCAUGUACUGACAGCAGAACAGCAGUGACUACAUAGAAUUUGCAUUUUGACCUGUCUUCCUUGACAUACAUGAGAUGAAUCAUUGUACCAUCUGAGGUGUUUCCACAGGACACAGAUAUAAAUAUAAGCAUUCUGGAGCAGGUAGUCACACGAACUUCAGAGAAAUGAAAGAAGUGAUGGAAUGGGUGAGAGAUUUGCAGGAGGGAGCUGACAGGCUCAGGUCAGACAGUAGUGAAAAUAUCAAAUGGUAAAGACUAAUGUUGCUGCCAACACUUAAUGAUCCGUAAAAAACAAAGGAAAACCCUCAGUAGCCAGCAUAAAACUAUCUAUUGAUCCCUUGUCUAAACUUACACCAAUGACACAGUGCCUUAUAGGACACUGAUGGAGUCUCAUCUGAGCCUAAAAUUCGUUUGGCAUGACAGUUGUCAAAAGGAAGCUCACACUAGGGUGUGUAAGAGGAGUCUUGGGUUUCAGGCUGCAGGGAUGGUGGGAUGAAUCACUUGGGGAAGUUGUGCGGGGGUUGGUGGUGUUGCUAAGGCGAGGAGGUUUUACUUCUUGGAGCAGUCAAGUACAAUGUCCUUGAGAGAAAAAGCUGUGACCGCUAGAAGUUUAAAGGACAGACUGCAGGGAACAGAGCGGUGUGUACUGAUGGGGCACAGGAGGCCAGAGACAUGACUGACACGAAGGUGCUGCUGCUUUAAGGUAGAAGCACAAAUCUUGACGGCAGACCCUGAGCAAAGUACUGAGGAGAUAAAACAUGGGAGUGUACAAUGAACAAGGGGCGGCCUUGGAGAAACCAGAGCCCCGCCAUAUGCUGAUCAAAGAUUGCAAAGGAGGGUCCCCCCGCUGUCGCCGCAUGGCAACCCCCCUCUCCCUUCGCAGACAGCUCAGCAAACUUCCCCUCAAAGACGUCUUCAAUGACAUGAUGUUUGUGGUCGGGGGAUGGACCCAGGACGACCCAUCCUGUUUGGUAGAACAGUUCUGUCCUGAAUACAACGAGUGGAGAAAAGCAGCACGCAUGGUCAACAAUCGUGGCAAUGUGGCUGUGGGCACACUGGAUGGUAAGAUCUACACAGUGGGUGGGGAAGACAACGUCCGGUGUUACAGCAGUGUGGAGAGGUACAACCCAGACACAGACAGCUGGAGUACAGAUUUAGCACCCUUGAGCAGCCCCCGCAGUGGAGUGUGUCUGGUGGAGUUGGACGGAUACCUAUACGCUAUUGGAGGACACGACGGCAUUGCUGCCAUAAAUACUGUGGACAGGUAUGAUCCAAAAAUGAACGCAUGGAGCAAGCAGGCGCCAAUGCUGACCAGACGCACCAGAGCAGUGGCUGCUGUGCUGGAGGGUCACUUGUAUGUGAUCGGAGGGAACGAUGGAGAUAUGGCUUUGAGCUCAGUGGAGCGAUACAACCCUGUAGACGGUACCUGGUCGAUAUGCGCCCACAUGCUGAGUCCCAGGGAGAACACCGGCUGCGCUGUGUACUUGGGACACAUCUAUGUGGCUGGUGGCAAAGACGAGCUAAACUUGGAGCUCUGUGCUGCGGAGAGGUUUAACCCGGACAGUAUGAGGUGGACACCUGUCAAACGCAUGAGGAGCAAGAGGGACAAUGUGUCCCUUGUAGUCUUCAAUGGUGCCUUGCUGGCUGUGGGAGGCUCUGAUGGCGUCACCAAUCUGAAAACAAUAGAAGUUUACUGUCACGAAACAAACGCAUGGAAACACUUUGGAAGCAUGAAGAGCAAGCAUCCAGGAGGGAGAGCGGCGGUGCUGUGCUGAGACUCGACAGUGCUCACAUUAUAUGAACAGGACAGAGGUGUUACAGAGAAACAGCCUAAUGGACGUACGCCAGGCUCCAGGACACUUUGUAAUAUGGUUCAAGUAUGGCAGCAUAAUGACUGAAUAAUUGAAGAGUUCACUCCAAAAUGAGACAUCGCUGCAUUAGUCAAAGCUGGCAGCUGUUGUUACAAAAUGAGUGUGAGCAUUUAAUUAAAGCACAUUAUAGGCUACCAGGUUACCAUUAAAGCUAUGGGUCUUUUUAUGGCUCUAGCUUACAAAACAGACCUCUUUUAUAGGGAUGAAUCAGCUGCAAAUAAAUUUCAGCUUGUAUUUUUCCCCCUAAAACAAUCAAUACAGAUUGAAUAUGAUACUACCAUAAUUAUAGCCUGACCAAAACUGGAUUUUUAAGUCAGAUACUGACAUUGAUAUUUGGGAGUUUUAAAAAUCUGAUGAUAUUUUGGCUGAUAGUAAUUUUUUUUUAAAUAAACACAUAACAUAAACAAACAAUCUUGAUAUGCCUCCCUUAGAUUUUAUUUUUUUUUUUAAAGAAUUGUGAUAUAUCUGCAAUAAACUAACAUCUGAUCAGCCUGGUGAAUUUAUCAGUACAGCUCUAACCAUAUUAGAUAAAAACAUUACAAUGUUAAACAUGAAAAAGUGAUCUAGUACCACUUGUAAAUAUUGGGAUUUGCGUAGUGAUUAAUUAUUGAUGCGGAGUAACAGGUACGAGCCAAAAAGAUGGAAAUAUUGCAGGUGUUUGGUUAAAGAAUGUGCAGGAUUCGUACGUGACAAAAUACUCACUCUUUUGUCACUUACUACUUUACAAUGAAAGAAGUCAUUUUAACCUUGAUGUAUUGUACAAGGAUGCAAUGAAGGUGAGACACUCAGGUGGCUGUUGGAAGUGGAGAAAGUGUACUGAAUGUUUUCAAAGUAACAUAUGCUAUGGCCUGGUAAAAUAGCUGAUAUGAUAUAGAGUAAUGAUGUGUUUUAUAUGUUCUGAGCCUUU